AUCUAUCCUCCCAACUUUUCGACCUUCACCUGAAAGGCUGCUCAUUGAAUAUUUACCAGAUCCUGGUCUUUUUAUUCCACAUCGUCGUCCGCCGUUAGUCAUCCCGGAUCCUGUAGUAGAGCAAAUUCUACAAUAUCUGACAUACCAGGACUUGCUGAAUCUUGAACAAGUUCAUAGCGCCAUUCAAUCUGAGGCACGUUCCAACUGGGCAUGGCGUCCACACUGUAUUGAUUUUAACGUAACUACUCUGCCGCAUUAUAUUUCGCCGAACCGACGGGACGCGUGGCGACAAGCGUUCGAAUACGAAAUUCUUAGGCCAGCUCAAAACUGGGUACGUAACAGGGCUUCUUCACGCAAGGUUAUCGAAGCUCAUCCGUACGCCUUCUUGGAAACGCUAACCUUAGCUGGUAACAGAGCGAUUUCCACUGGUGACGACGGUUCGAUAACUUUUUGGGAUAGUGACACCGGCGAAUCUAUUAGUCACUUUGAUAUGGACGUCAACGAUGACGGCAACUACUGUCAACUCAUACAUGUUUUCGGACGUCGAGUUCUCACAGGCAGUCGUUCCGGGGAAAUAAUGGAAUGGGACCUGAAUACAGGGAUGCCUGUCAAUAGGAUCCCGAGCCCCGUUGCUGGAAACAUUCGCAGUUUUGCCAUCUAUAAAAAUUGGGCCGCCUACUUGGAUGAAGUUGGCGAUCUUCAUUUAUGUGACCUGACAGACGAAGGACGAGGGCAAAGGCUAUGGGUAGGCCUCGAUGCCGUGAACGUUCUUCUCAACUCUAGAAGCGUUGUAGUUCACAGGGCAAACGGUUGGGUUCUAGGCGUAUCCUUGCAAGACUACGCGAUAACACAAUUUGUUGGUGCCUAUCAAACGAGGCCAUUGGAGGUCCUCUUGGACGACAUUUAUUUAGUCUUAGCCGAUCAAAAUCAAAUGCGAGUGUGGAACGCGCAAACCGGCGCAAUUAUUCGCGUAUAUGUACUCUUCCAGUUUCCAUUUAUCACCGAUCGCGGAGGACACCAAACGUUCCUCCACCACAUGUACAAAGGUUGGGUCGCGGUUAGCAACUCGGACAUGCUUUGGCUGUUCGACCUCGGCAACGACAGGCUUGUCCUCAGAGUAGCACGCGGUGCCAGCACCGUGCAGUCCGCUAGAGUUGGCGACUUGUUUCUCGUUGUUGGGGACAAAAUGGGUUACGUAAGAUUAUACAAUCGUGACACUGGAGCCUUCCUCUGCAACCUAUGCUCUCCACCCGAGCCAGAGUGCGUGUACAAGAUUCGGAUCGACAACAAACGACUGCUGGUGGGAGGACUUAGGAACGGAGUGUCAACACUAAUGUUCGUUAACUUCGCGGAUUCGCAGCCACCUCCACUAUCGUUACUGGUGGACCCAAGUGAUUUUGAAGAAACUACUGAUGAAAGACAAAAUUAAUUGACCCGAGCUAUCAAUCAAGCUACCCAAUAAACUUAUUAUUAGUUAUUUGAUUUUA